AUGUUAGCAAAACUUAUUUUAUUCGCAUCUAUUUCAUUGCAUUAUGGUUCUAAUGGAAAAACUAUAAGCUUUGGUGGCGCUCCAAAUGUUACUCAUCUCACACCAAAUGUCUCCAUGCCUAGAACAGCCUUCUUAUAUUCGACACAGGUUGAUUUGUUUGUAAACGUUUAUCAUCGUCCAAUCAAUACCACACAUAAAGAGACACUGAAGGUGUUCAGUGGCAAUACAACUAUAAACUCGACUGACCGUUGUAUUGCCUUGGGUAUAUCUUUCGAUCUCUGGGGUCAAUUAUCAAUACAAAAUCUUGAAGAAACUGGAAACAGUGGUUGUGAUGCACUAUGGGGAAAGGAAUGUUCAAAAAAUAUUCUUGCUAAAUUGAUAAGUUCGUUUGGCAAUAUCGAAAAUUCAAACUGUGGAGUUCCAAUACCAGAUAUUCAAUCCAAACCUCCUCCAGGUUGUCCAGUAAAGAAUUCGUCUAGUAGUGGAAUGGCUAGUACAGCGUUUCUUCGUAAUGGUAGUUUUAUGCUAGGUAAUUCAAAACCAACAGAUCCAUCAAAAGCAUGGGUAUAUUUUCAAAGUGAUCCUUCAAUCGAUGGUGAUUAUAAUGAACUUAUGAAAUAUUUUGUCUUUACAUAUUUUGUUGGUCGUCCUUAUUCAUCAGACAUGAUCGACGCUACGAUUUCUUGUAUGUCUGUUUUUAAUAAAACCAUAGGACCAGAUGGUGAAAACACAACGAUACAGCCUAAUAGAAAUUCAACAGCACAAUUGAUCGUAUCUGGAAACUUAUUUAUUUUUGUCUGUUUAUUUGCUAUUUUCUCAAAUAUCAAUAUUUAG